AUGUCUGGUUCGAUUGAUAUCCGUCUGAAUCGACAAACAAAAACAUAUAGUGAAAAUGAUAUUAUUCAAGGUACAGUCAUUAUUUCAACACCAACAUCAUUCAAACAUAAUGGUAUUACAAUGACAGUUGAUGGGUCUGUUCAAUUACAUUUAAGUGGUAAAAGUGUUGGUGUUUUUGAAGCAUUUUAUAAUUCAACAAAACCUGUUACUCUUAUUAAUCAAAUAAUUGAAUUAGCUAAACCAGGUCAAAUACCAAGUUUGAAAACUGAAAUUCCUUUUCAAGUACAAUUAAAAGGUAGACCAAAUAAACCAUUAUAUGAAACAUAUCAUGGAGUUUUUGUUAAUAUUCAAUAUUUUCUUCGUGUUGAUAUCAAACGAACAUUUCUUUCAAAAGAUAUGAAUAAGCAAAUUGAAUUUAAUAUUGAAUAUAGUCCUGAACAUGAAUUAGCUGCUGAGAAAGCAAUAACAAAACCAGCUGCUUUUGAAGUUACAUCAGAAUCAAUAAGAACAAUUCAAAAUGUAUGUAUGUUUUAUUUUUUUUAA